AUGGAGAAAUUUCACCGUUUUAAGCCAAACUGCACUCUUCCUCAUGACGUGCCCGUUGGCUUCGUCAACGCACCAAACAUACGCACAACUAUGCAAAUCAUCUGGAGUUGCUUCAGUGUCAUCCUCCUCUGCACCUGGUCCAUUCUUCGUCCCAAUGUGCCACCCGAGCUCAAGCCCGAAGAACCGCAAUCGACCGAUCCCAUUUAUAAAAAGCUGUUUUCGAAACAAAAGAUUUACAAAACGCUAUUUCUUUUAUUCCGGAAAAUCUACUGGGCGGGCGUCAUGCUCAUUGCUCCGGAAUUCCUCACUACCUUUACGACGAAGAAGAUGUUUGGGACGAAAGCGAACGUUGCAAUACUGGAAGCGCUUGCGGGGAGCGACAUUGAGUGGGGUUUACAGCAGACUAUUCUUGCCGAUAUGGGAGGAAUCGUCAUUGACUUCUCGGACAUUGAAGACCAAGGUGUUGAGAAUGAGAAGUCCGGGUUGGAAAAGUCGCAAGGGAGUCGACCGAAUCAUGAGGUUCCAAGACCUAGCCGAGAAGAUGAUCGAGUUGUCUGUGAAGCGUUUAGGCCAUCUCAAGAAGCAAUCAGACCACGAAGAGACAUCGAAUCUCAGCCCCUUCGACAAUGUUCUGGAGACGAUUUCAUCACAAAAUUCAAGCAAAGGCAGAGCCAUUGGUUUGGAAAAUGCGAAAUUCCGUGGAAUCUACACGAACCGCAUGUAAAACACGCAAUCAAGGUGAAAAAGGCACUUGGUGAAAACCCACCAUACUGGAAGGUCCAAACUAUUGCCGCGCUGUCUGGAAGUUUAUGGACACUGGAUUCCAUGCAGCUUGCUGUUGCCGUAGAACACGGGAUCAUUACCCACUUGCCGGAUAUCAAGACAGCAGAGAUCGAGGACAGGAAUAAGUCGGAUGCUUUGGUAAAGGUCCUGGCUGUGAUUCAAGUCGUCUGGAUGGUCGUCCAGCUCUGCGCUCGAGUAUACUAUCGUCACCCAUUCGCGCCACUGGAGCUCGGCACUGUCGCAUUCUCAGCUACGGCAAUCAUCUUGUACAUUGUUGAAUGGGACAAGCCAAAGGAUAUCAACACUCCGGUAUAUGUGAAAGCCGCUUCAUCUAGUGUUUCCGAAGCUGCAUUCACGCAAAUUGUCGAAGCCGCUCCAUUUCCGUACAUGCAGGUUCCAUUCGUACAAUACAAGCACUAUUAUAUGCCUAGUGUUGCCUUUCAUCAGACUUUGGGGAAUCUGAAGAUCAUUGACACAAAGUCGUCUAUUGUUGCAAUGAUCACUGUUGUGACUUUUGGCGGGAUUCAUCUCCUAGCAUGGAAUCUUCAGUUUCCCACCCCCGUCGAAGGCUUGCUAUGGAAGAUAUCUGCCAUCAUGUCUAUUGCGUGCCCUGUUUUGUACGGCGGCAGUCAUUUGCCGGGAUUUGGAAAGAAUCCAAACGAAUCAACAAAAGUACAGUGGACAUUGAUAAAGGCAGUCGUUGGAUUUACCUUUUUGUUCUACUUUUUCGCUCGCUUAUACCUAAUUACGGAGAGCAUUCGGUCGCUGUAUUAUUUGCCACGGGGCGCUUACAUUGCGACUUGGACCGCUGAAUUUCCGCACCUGUCUUGA